AUGCCCACCAUGGAGCCGGGCGAUGUCCCUCCAACCUACAGGAUUGAUCUCUCUCGCCCCCCAGCAGAGCGAUACGUUGAAGUUGCCAAGAAGUAUCGCAACGAGCUCAGGUCGCUUACAGCUCUCUUCGAUAGCCUGGUCGAGAGCAUCGCACCCAGUACCUCGCUGGAAUGGGUCAAACGCCUCGCGCGCUUAUUCUUGCGCCGCGCAACCGGGAUCGAGAUGUAUCUGAUCGUCUCACUGAAUGUUCUCCUCGAUGUGCUGAUGGGUUGCACGAGCGGUGCGGCCCGGGCACAAGACAAGGAUAUGACGUCUCGCAUGCUGCAUUUCCGAACGCUGGAUUGGGGGAUGGAUGCGUUGCGGCGCGUGCUCGUGCAGUUUGAGUAUGUCCGCGGGCCGGAUUACGAGACCGUGCUGGCGACGAAUAUCACCUACAUUGGGUUUGUGGGUGUGUUGACCGGUGUCCGGAAGGGGUUGAGUGUUUCGUUGAAUUUUCGACCGAACCAUGAUUUGGGUGGGUGGUUGGGUGAUUUGCGGUUCUAUGGGAGCCAUCUUCUUGUUAUGCUGGGCUUGAGGAGAUCGAUUUCGUCGAUGCUGAGGCAGUAUAUCAUUCCGCGGGAGGAUCCACGGGGGACUUUGUUUGGUCGCAUGCUGGGCGUAUUGGUCAAGAGACGUCAGAGGGUUGAGAAACCGACACUGAGCAGUAUCUGCCAGCAGGUUAUGCGCACGCCAUCUACAGCGUCGUACCUGGUUUUAUGUGACGGCGCUGAAGCCGCUAUGAUUGAAAAGGAUCAUCGGACCGCGAGGAUGGACUCCAGUUCAUCGUUCAUCGUUGCUACAAAUAACGACUUCCUCGGUUCAGAGCUUCCUCCGAAGGAAGGGGACACCGAUAUAUCUUUUGGCGCGGCGCUGACCAGUGGAGAGCCCAUCUCGAUGACCGACUUCAUCCAAGAUAGUAAAGAGCGAAGAGCAUGUAUGCAAGCACACUGGGACAAAAAGGUGGCUCAAGCUGGAAGGUCGGCCCACGGUGUGAAACCACGUCAUGAUCCUUUGCGUCGCACACGCUCCUCUCGAAGUCGAGUGGCAGAUCCAGUCGGUUCGACAUCUACCUCCUUGGGCAAAGAGAGUGCAGGCACAUUUGAGAACCAUGAGGUAGCCGCCACACCGGCAGAAAUAAUACAGUGGACGGCGGCAUAUCCAACAACCAACGAGAUGACGCAUUUCUCAGCGGUCAUGGAUCCAACAAGUGGAAGGGUCAUCUGGAUUCGGAGGUUCCGUGAUCCUCUCGAUUUCCAUAUGUGGUAAUCUCCUGGAGAGGUACCAUAGCCAUUGUCAGAAUCAAAAUUUGAUAGCAUGAGCAAGAACGUGAGGAACGCAUAGUUUCGCUCCAAUAAACAGCCAAGGCCGUUGCCAUCACCCGAAUGCCUGUAACAAGGGCUCAGUAGGACUAUCCAGAGCUUUGAUCGGCCAUUCCAACCACUCAGUCCAAUCCGGGCCCAGGAAAUCACGAAUAGACUCGAUAAGGAAUCGGCCCCCAUCGCCAAACAUCCACGAAUCCCGGCACGAAUGAAGUAA